AUGUCGCGGUCCUCUGCGCCUCUCAAAGUCCUCGCCGCCCGGCUGCAGAAGGACCCGGCACGGCGGCACAUGAGCAACGCGCAGAAAAGAAAGCAGUCCCAGGGUGAGGCGGGUGGGGUGGGCGGCUUGCGUGACCAUUCAUGUGGCCAUCGGCGGCUGUUCUCUGUCUGCUCUGUAGCCAAGGCGCGGGCUGCCCGCGAAGAGGAGGCCGAGAGGAAGGCGGCACAACAGUGGGCGGAGAUAGACAGGAUCACGGAGGCGUCAGUGGACCUGCAGGAGAAGGGUGAGAGGUGGCUGGAGAUCGACCAGAUCAAGACGGCCGCCAACAUGAGCAUGAAGGAAAAGGGCGAGGCGUUCAAGCGUCUCAAUAGCGGCACCCAUCUUACCGACGAAAUGAUACAAGGUAUCAUCAAGUUCUUCGUCGGUACAGAACCAUCAGUCAGUCCAUCCAUCCAUCCAUCCGUGUGUCAUGCCUGUGUUUCUUCAUCGUGUGUGCGUUGUUCGCAGGGUCGGAGCACCUCUCACCGUUCAAAAGCCAGCAGCUCAAGGCGCCUCCGACCCGGAAGGGCCAGCCGACGGGCGCUGCGGGCGGUGCCAUAUCGUCUGGUGGCGGGGCCGGUCGUGCACACAUGUUCACGGCGAGCAACCUUCCUUGUCUGCAGCAGAUUGCUGUCUACAUUUUAUAUUCGUCAACACGUGCUCAAAUGGAUGGAUGGACUGGGUGACCGAGCAAGGCCCCGAUAUGUGUGAGAAGAUGCACACAAAACACUAAGGGCACAAUAACCAUGUGGUGUCUCUGGUUGUGAUGCAUAUAUGCAGAGUGGAGAGGGAGCGAUGGCAGUGGGAACGCACCUCGAUGGCCUGCCUGCGAGAUGAAUCGGUCGACCUUUCUGAAGCAACAAAUCGUCGCCGGUAAGAGUGCACGCCUCACGAGUGCGCUUAGGACACAGAAGCCGCCCGAAUGCCCCAAGAUCACCGAGAUCCCAUCCAUAAAUGUCUUCUGUGGGUGCAUCCCUGGCUGUGUACGUGGUUGCAGUAGCAUUUGUGGCGAUUCAUACGUUUUGGUGGCGUUGCGAUUGAUGUCGAUGUCUCGGCUCCCUCCCCAGAAAGCCGGCACCAAGAAGGGCGUCGCCCCCCCGGCGCCCAGCCCGUUCCUCGCCAGCAAACAGAGCAGUCAGCCGAGCCGACGGGUCCUGAGCAAGUCCGGCUGGAGGAAGAUGAAGCAGGGUGAGGUGGGUGGGUGGCUUGGUGGGUGGCUGACGCACGUGUUCAUCCAUGGGCUCUCUGUCGUGUGUGUUGUGCUCUGCAGAUGAACUGCAGGCCAAGAGGGAGGAGGCGGCCGCGGAAAAGGAGCAGCAGCGGCGGCGGGAGAUCUACCAGAUCAAAACGGCCGCCAACAUGAGCAUGAAGGAGAAAGGUGAGGCGUUCAAGCGCCUGAAUAGCGGCACCGAUCUCACGGACGAAAUGAUACAAGAUAUCAUCAAGUUCUUCGCCGGUACAGAACCAUCAGUCAGUCCAAAGGUCGCAGACUUAGGGGAAGGAAUGCUCACACAUGGUCGUUCGUGUGUUGUGUUUGUAUUGUGUUGUGUUUGCUGUUCUGACUGCAGUGCGCCGCCCGAGGCAUCUCGCCCGAGGCCCCCAGUUCUACUCCAUCGAUUUCAUGAGCCCGGACGACAUCUUCGACGCCAUGUGAGGAAUUCACAUACACGUUGGUGUGUGUGUUGUGGUUGUAUUGUGUUUUGUUGUGUUUGCUGUUCUGACUGCAGUGCGCCGACCGUACUCGAAAGCACGGCGAGUGGGGGUGGCCCCCGCUUCUACUCCAUCAACUUCCUCAUGUCGUUCAAAGACAAGGUAUGUUUCUCCGCUCCGUGCCGGCCGAUAUAGACAAGACACAACACAGACAGAUCUCGACAGAUCGACAUCUCACCCAGACACUGACUGCAUACCAGUGUCCAGUGCACAUCACAUCUCUGUAUGUGUGUGCUGAGACGAGCACGGAUCGUUCGCUCUGCGUAUGUGGAUGGUGUGUGUGCAGGUCGACGAUGAGCCUGCUGCCGGUGAGGGGACUGGCGGCCGCGGAGCGUCGCUGGUUGACCACCAGAGGGUCAUCCUUCGCGAGGAACUCAACUCGCUGAUCGCCCAACGGCACCCUGACCUGGCCGGCAAGGUCAGGAGAUACACACCUCACCCCACACACACACCACGCCAGGUGUAACUCACCGCUGCUGCUGGUGUUGGUUCCGGAAGGGCACGCACCGGGGUUGUCUGUGUCUCUGUCGAUUUCAUUCACUCAGGCCGUCGAGCAGAUUGACACCAGAUGGAUGCCCAAGUACGGCAACCAGGCCGUGACGAAGCUCGACUUCGUCCCCCUCCCGCCCCUGCCAAGCGCCACUGAAGCCGCUAUCGUCGCCUCGCCCACCACUCUGCCACAGCCCGCCGACACAGCAGCAUUGCUGCCUACAUUUUAUAUCACGAUGUCUGUGUUCUUUCCUGUAUCCGUUUCUGUUUGUCGCAGU